GUCAACUUGACUUCACUGCAAACUUCUUAUCAUAGCUUUUUGCCGGUCUCCGUCCAAUUUCUAAUAAAUAACCAAAAGUAUAAUUCCAAGAUAAUACAAUUAUGUCAGUUCAAACUAUUUUGUUGGAUUUUUCUAUGGAUCCUGCUCGUUUAGGUGAUGAAAGUGGACAAAAAGCUGUAUUUAGCCAGUUGGAAACUGUGCUUAAGGAUUAUGUACCUAAUCUGAUCUUAGCUGCUGAUAUUAAAAUAGACGGUGGAUCAUUAAAACUCUUAACAGGAAAGAAGGGUACAACUGUGUCCGUGAGAUUGUUUGAUCGUGGUCUUGUCACGGUGAAUAUUGAAUAUUAUAAAGAAGACAACGAGGAACCAUUAAUCAGUUUCAAGUCGGCGAAAGUCUUGGAAAGUCAGCUGAAAAAGUACAUCACAGUCUUAAAAUCUCAAGCAUUCCCCACGAUAAAACGAUGCCUAUUCGGCAGAUAUUACCCUACAUCAGACGAAAGAUUGCUUGAAUAUGACAUUGAUGGUGUUGUGUUUGAUGAACAAUCGUCAUUCCAGAAGAUCCAAAUUGUACACUCCAAGUCUUUUGGUAAUAUGCUGGUGCUAGAUGAUUUACAAAAUAUUUCAGAGGCUGAUCUUAUUUAUACUGAAACAUUGAUGCAAAGAGGCAAAGAGAGCUACGAAGGAAAGGAAAUCGUAAUCUUAGGGGGCGGCGAUGGGGCCCUUCUAUACGAGCUUUUGAAAGAGAACCCAAAGUAUGUUUGGAUGUUGGAAAUAGACGAGCUUGUUAUGAAAGCUUGCAACAAACACCUCAAGUCGAUCUGUGGAGAUGUGUUGGAGAGAAGAAAGGGAUCCAAUUUUGAGAUAAUUGUAGAAGAUUGCAUGUUGACCGUGAAGAAGUUCACAAGCGAGAAUAAAAAGGUGGACUACGUGUUCGGUGACCUCACCGACAUACCGAUAUCAGAGUCCGCGUGCGGAGAGCUGUGGGAGUUCAUGAUGAACAUCCUGCGGGCCUCCUUCGACAUACUGAGACCCACUGGCAAGUUUAUGACACACGGGAAUGGAGCGACGUCGCCCGAGUCGCUAAAGCUAUACGAACAGGUGUUGGUUAAAAUGAAGCCGGCGGUGACGUUUUCGAAAUGUAAGGCAUUCGUGCCCUCCUUCUUGGAAGACUGGAUCUUUUACCAAAUAGCUUUUAAAAAUCAAAAUGGCGACGAUUAAUGACCAAAGAAUUAUAUUGUUCCUUUAAACUAAGCUACGUCAUAAGUUCCAAAUGUUAGAUCUAGUUGUCCCUUCGUGAUAAUAUAAUAGUUAAGCACUUUUAUUCUACUAACUAAUAAUUUCAACCCGUAACACAGUUGAGGGUGUGACUUCUUCAAAUAUACUAGGAAUCGAGGGAUUAAAUAAAUUAAAUUAAUAAGAAUUUUAAUCACAUAAACGUUAAGAACCCGACUGCGGAAUAUAUGCAUGCCCUAAAAAUCAAUAAAAUACUAAACUAUUGAGAAAUCAUUAGUUUGUGUUUCGAAUACUUUGAAAUUCGAAUCUCUUUAAGACUCCUAACCACUCUAAUUGAAGUAAUAUAUAACUGUUUUUAGAUUGAUUUUCGAUCAACAUUUUUUUUUUGUUUUACAAACAAAAAUUAUUUAGUUGCAGACCGUACAAAAGAACUAUAAAUUGUAUCUACUUCAAAUGUUCCGUAGUCGGGUUAAUAAGUAAGGCUAGUGCCUCCCAUGUCGAUAAUAGUUUACAUAGUCAAAACUUUAUAGGCAUUAACUGGCAACACACUGUCAAUUUCGAAUUUUAUAUUGAUCGAGUUUAGCACUUUCAGUAUCGUAUGUACAAAAUAUGAUCCGAAACAGUGGUUUCAAAUGUAACCCUUACUAAGUUUUAAGUAAAAAGUAAGUUUCGAUAAAUAUUCGAAGUAUUUAUAUUUAGACGGGUAUUAGUUUAUGAUGUAAUCAAUAUUGAUUCUACAAAAACAGCAAUUGGACAGCCUUAUGUCAAAACAAUACGAUUUCAAUUAAAUUGAAAUCACAAAAAAAACUCGUCGCGAUAUUAUGAAUAAUUGCUAUCGUAUUGCCAUAAGAAACAUUCACAAACUAUUCACGAGCAACGACAUGAAAUUUAAGUUUUAUUAAAUUUAGCACAAUAACAAUUAAAAUAGUACACAAUAUACAUUUACUUCCGUUGUUUAAUUAUUUAUACUUUUGAUCUGUCAUUGUACACUAAAUUAUUUUUGAAAUUGUUUUAACUAAUUAAAUCUGCAUACAUUUUUCAAAGAAAAAACUUUUUACUCGAGAGGAACUAGUUGAGACAAAUAUCAGUGUCUAAAAACGACAAAAUGAAACCACGUGAUUUAUGGAUGUUCCCUUAUAAUAUAAUCCGUGGAAGGCUACUUUUAUACGAUGCGAAUUUUCAUGACCCUCGACCGUUCCAUUCGGUACGAAUUUCCUUAAUACCCGGCCACGCGGUUGAUUCAGAUGAAUUAAAACGUGUAGUAAAUAGAAUUCACAUUUCAAUAUUUUCGUAUUUUGUGUUAAUUUCGUGUAACCGGAGGUUGCACCUCACCAUUUAUUAUCCAUAGUAAGAACAUUUGUCGAUAGUAAUUGUAUUCGCUACUAAUAUUUAUCAAUUUGUGCUAUUAAUAUAGUGAAUAUUUAAAGUCGACUGCCG